GGCCGCCACCAGCCCACCCUGCCUCGCGCUGUUUCUCUCUCUCGCGCGCGCACACUCCCCCCUGAGCCGGCCGACCCGCGCGACACGCCCGGGCGCCAGGCCAUACCGUAGCUGAGCUAGCAUCGUAGGGUUGGUUUGGCCGUUGGUCGAUAGGCACCGCGCGGGCGGGUGAGGCGGCCGGCGGCCGGCGGCCGAGGAUGGGGGAGGCGCCGCGGCCCAGGUCGCCGCCGAGGUACCCGGACCUGUGCGGCCGCCGCCGGCUGCAGCUCGAGGUGCACAUCCUCAACCGGGAGGUCGGCUUCCUCGAGCAAGAGAUACACGGGCUCGAGCGGAUUCAGCCGGUCUCGCGCUGCUGCAAAGAUGUCACCGAGUUCGUCAGCGCGAAAGUCGAUCCGAUGAUACCAGUAAGCAAAAGGAAACAUGGAUCUUGCAGCGUCUAUCGGUGGAUCAGAUCAAAAUUGCGCACAUGCUUCUCAUGCCUGUGCUGCUGUUGCCACUGCCUGCCCAAGCCCAAUGCGCCAAGCUGCUUCGGCUGCUCUUGCUGCGCCUGCCGCGACACGGGGUGGUGCUGUGCGCCGAGCUGCAGCUGUCCGAAGGCCCCUUCGUGCUGCGGCAGCCCUCCCAGCUGCAACCCGGGCUGCGGCGGCCACUGCCGACCGCCGUGCAGCGGCUGCUGUUCCGGCGACUGCGCCUGCGCGGGUGGCCCGUGCUCCUGCCUCGGCGCCCUCGGCCGGUGCCUGUCCUCGUGCUGCAGCGGCCUGCGGCAUCCCUGCUGCAAGUGCCAGUCGGCGUGCUGCGAGGGGGAGCCGUCCUGCCGGGGCAAGGGGGCCUGCUGCAGCGGCUCGUGCCUCGGCGGCCCGGCGGCGCCGUGCCCGGAGUGCUCCUGCGGCUGCGUGUGCUCCUGCCCCCGGUGCAGGGGAGGGUGCCGGUGCCCGCCGUGUGGUAACAACCCCUGCUGCGCCGGUGGAUGCUUGUUCUAGGUAGACUAGAUUGUUACUGUAGUAGUAGCUAGUGUGGUUGUUACUCUUCUUUUCUGUUUUGUGCUGAAUUAUAUGUGGCAUGUGAUGUGGGUGAAACUUUGCUCGUGUGUGUAUUCAGUGUAGAGAAUCAGCCUGGGUGGCAAAUGGUUAGAUGAAAAUUACAGCGUGAAUUGUAGGUAGCAUUAAGUGUCUACCAUGAGGCAUAAAGCCCCAGCAAAAUUCAGUAGACUGAAACUGAA